ACACAAGCCCACCUGAAUCGAAAUGCACCCAACUUCAACUUACCACUUUUAUUUAGCUUCUUCAAUGGCUUCCAAUUUCUAAGGUUAACCCUUCAUUCUUCUCCAAAAUCUCAGGGUUUAUUCCUGCUACUACUACUCAAGCAUUCAUCAAUGGCGUCUUUAGCUCUUCAUCUUAAAUCCCACCACCAUAAACCCUCUCAAUUCCUCCUCAAAUCCACUUCAUCUAAUCUCACUUUCUCUCUCCUCUUUUCUUCAUCUUCUUCCUCCGACAACAACAACAAUGGCGGCGGUAAUCCCCCCGACAAGCCGCACCCCUUUUCAUCUUACUUUGAUGGUAUCAAAUCCAAGUUAAAACACCAUGAACAACAGCGAGAACAAGAACAGCAAUCUUUGGGUUUUAAGUAUUCGAAUAUUGGGGCAAAUCCUCAAGGUUCUUUGAAUCCCAAAAAUGCUGCUUCAUUUGAUGAAAUCAAGAAGAAUUUGUCGGAGUUUCGCCGUCGAUCGACGGUUCCGCCGCUGGGUUUCGAGCAGCAGCAGAAGCAGACGAUGUUUCAGACCGGAAAUGCUGGAAACCCUAAUGAUAAUGCUGGGAAAAAUAGGGGGAAUUUAUCGUUUGAUUCAAUUAGAGAGAGUUUGCGAAAAAUGAAGGGGACAGUUGGAGUAGAUGGGAGUAAUACGAGUGCUAAGAUGUCGUUGAAUAACUAUAAGCAAAGCCUUAAAUUGCAGCCGAUAAUGUCCGGAAGUGGCGGCGGAAGCGGCGGAGUUGGUGGUUUUGGAAAGGUGAUUGGUGGGUCGAGUGAGAAUUUGCCAAUGGAGGUGUUUGGGAAGGAGAUGAAGGAGAAGGAGAUGAAUUCAGGGGAAGCUGGGGAUGAAAAAGGCGACCACGAGUCGGGUUUCGAGUUAUAUAAGAUGUACACUCAUGAUGAGUUGGGGAAUAAGCUGAGGGAGCUGAGGCCUGAGGUGAAGGGGAAGAACAAGGAUGGAGAGGAGGAGAGUUGGUUUUCGAUUUCGGAGUUGGGUGAGAGGUUGAAGAAGCUUAAGAAGGAUGAGGAGGCGGCCGAGAAGCAGAGUCCAACUUAUUUUAGAGAGUUGAGGGAGAGUCUUUCGUCUCUCCACAAUAGUAGCAAGGAUAAUAGGCUCAAGAAUGCUCCCAUCCAGAGUUUGGGUUUGUUGUCUCCAUCUAAUUUCACGGAGUAUCCUCCUCAAGAGCAUUUAGUUGAAAAGUAUUUCCAUCCAGAUAACAUGUCUGCCGAGGAGAAAUUAAAGCUUGAGUUGAAAAAAGUGCGGGAUGAGUUUAAAAUGCAUGAGUCAGAUUGUGGAUCAACACGUGUUCAAAUUGCACAACUUACAACAGAAAUACUUCACUUGUCUGCUGUUUUGCACAAGAAGGAUAAGCAUUCUCGUCGAGGAUUGCAAGCAAAGGUGCAGCAAAGGAAGAAGUUGUUGAAAUAUCUGAGGAGAACUGACUGGGAGUCCUAUUGUUUUGUUCUUUCAAAACUUGGCCUUCGUGACAAUCCUGAUUACAAGAAUUAAGAAUGUAUACACAACUUAGUUUUCAUUGCGGUAAUGAAUAGUUUGCCUCUAAUUUUCCUGCUUUUGUAUUCAGUUCAAGAAGUCCUUUUUUGAUUUAUCAAAGAUUCAAAGGUGCUAAUGGUAGCUGAGAUUAGAAAUAUUAAUGCAUCCUUCCAUUCUGUCUUAAUUUGUAUACAGUGCACAAGGUGAUUCAAAGCUUGCAUAUAAUAAAGCUGAGUGUAGCAUUAUCAGGCCGACGAAAGUUAGAUUUUUUGGGGGAGAAAUUCCCUUUUGUAAACGUCAAGGAAAUAGCACUUGAUUUGACUACUUUAUCUUGCAUUAUCAUCAAGGAAAGGGGAUGUAAUGCAGUUAUUUUUCACUAGGAUGGUUACUUCAUCUUACAUUAUGUCUCUUCAGUGUUGGAGAAUAGCUUCUCUCAAUUUUGGAAGGUUGAUGAUAACAA